AUGGUUCCACUUUUGCGCAGAGACUUCGUAAAUUUAUCAUUGAGGAAUUCCCUGCAUUUCUGCAAAUCUAGGGUUCCAUUUUCCACAUCUCUCGAUAGAAAACCCACAAUCAAUCCAGCAGUUUACGAUUUUCUGUUUCACAGCCACAAUUUCUCUCCCGAAGCAGCUGCGGAAGCCGCCUCCGUCAUAAACCGUAUAAAGAGCCGGAAAAAUUCCGAUUCCCUUUUCACAUUUCUCGAAAAAAACGACUUUUCGAGCUCCCAUUUGGAGAGAAUCGUGAAAUACAACCCUUCGUUCCUCUCUGCUGAUCUCGAGAAAUCAGUGAAGCCCAAGAUCAAGAUUUUCCAAGAGCUGGGGCUCUCCAACAACGACAUUGCCGAUCUGUUGGCGGGUAAUGCUUCGAUUUUAUACCGCAGCACUGAUAAAUCACUGAUCCCUGCGUUAUCUUUGCUCAGGGGUUUGUUGGGAUCGGAUGCUAGUGUUGGGAAGCUCCUGAUGAAGAGUGGGAGGUUCUUGAUCAAUGAUUUGGACAAAUGUAUGGUGCCAAACAUCGAGUUCUUGAAGAGCCGUGGCGUCCCCAUGGAGCAAAUCAUCGCGGGGAUGCACUCUUUCCCGAGAUUUCUGCUGCAGAAGCCCGAAAAUGUUAGGAGGUCCGCGGAGAGGGCAGAGGAGUUUGGGGCUCAGGCAGGGUCAAGGUUGUACAUUCAUGCUGUGAGGGUCAUUGCCUCGAUGAGCGAUGAGGUUUGGGAGCGCAAGCUGCAGGCUUUUCGGGGUUUGGGGUUCUCGGAUGCUGACAUUGUGAGUGGCUUCAGCAAGUAUCCCCCGGCCUUUGCUGCUUCGGUGAAGAAGAUGGAGGCGGUGAAGAGUGUGGUGGUUUCCUUGGGGAAGUAUGAUAUGGCGAGCGUUGUUGCAUACCCGUUGUGUUUCUGUUGCAGCAUUGAGAAUAGGUUUAGGCCGCGGAUGCAGGUGUUGGCUGCUUUGGAAGAUAAGAUGUUGAUCAAGAAGAGGCCUAGUUUGGCCACAUUGUGCAGUGUACCGGAUCUGUAUUUCUAUGAGAGGUUUGUGAGGCCUUACUUAGAUGAAGUUGGCCAUUUGUUUGUAGCAAAGGGUGUGAGAUAA